UGUGAUAGGCCUCGACACAUCAAGCAAGAGUCUUAAAACACACCGAGACCGAGACAGUCAGUCAGUCGAGAAACCGACUCCACCGACACAACACAAGUGAAAGGGAGAAGCCAUUGGAGAAGAGCAUGAUUUCCAGUAUCAAGAUCUGGAGCCGAUCGCCGCUCAUUCCGGCGCGGGAUCACGGGUCGGCGAUCCUUCCGCCGGCGGAUCGGCCGGAGCCGAUUCCGGAGCUCUGCGAGGAGAAGCCGCCGGUGAUGGGCUGGCUGCUCGGCUGGGAGUACGGCCGGAAGUGGCUGGAGCGGCGCGAGGAGAUCCACCGGCACCGCAACAUGGUCAGCAAGUUCGGCCGGAUCCCUGCUGAUUUUGGCUGGUGGCUCAACCAGCGCAGACCGCUCUUCGUGCGCCAGCAGCGGUUCCGGACCAAGGCCGCCCAACAUCCCCGUAAGCCGAUCACGGCCUUCGAGGUCUCCAAGCAGCGGCGCGCCGCCCAGAACAAGAAGGUCGAGGAGAGUCUGGCCAAGCAUCAGUAGAGCGCAUAACGGUUGCAGUUGGCCAGGCCAAUAUGUCGUUUGCUGUUAAAACUGGCGCCAAAUUGCUCACACACUGUCACAAACAUACAUCGGAGUCCUUAAUAAAUAUUAAUUUAUUGCCACCGA